UCGCGGCCACGAACGCAUGAACAGCAACAUGGCAUGGGGAGCCCGACAGGAUUCUUGAAGAUCGCCAUGGCUGUGGUGGGGGGGGGUGGAAGAGGGGAGGGGGGAUCGAUCCAGCGGAGUGGGUUGGGAGGGAUGGCUGUCCCGUGCAGGGAGCGAGUUUCGUACUGCAGAAGAGGGAAGGAGGGACAGUCCGUCAGUCUUCGAUGGUGCGCUGAUGGGGUGGCAUCGUGAAUCUCAGGCCAAAGAAGCUGACUACUGUAGAAGAAUACUCCGUAAGGCCGUAAGGGAAAGUAAGGAAAAGCUAAGGGAGGGCGAUGGAAUCGUGGGACGGUCUGGCAGAGAGGCACAAAUCGCUCGUCGCUCGACUCAGGCUGGCACACCUCGCCUCACCCCACCCCGUCGGUCUGACCGGCCUUUGCAGAUCGUGGGACGUGGAGAAAUGCAGGUCCAGGAAAGAGGGCCAGGAUUUCGUCAGCAUCCUUUCAAGAACAGCGAUAGGCCAGAGGAGGUCCUCAGCCAAGGAGACUCGGUGGGGGCCGCUGCAAGGCUGGUCCCACCCUCGUCCCUCGAACUGCUGCAGACUGCAGUGCGGCACCAGCAACCCGAGACUCUCCGGCUGUCCCAGCUGAUGCCAGAACCAACAAUCAUUUCUACUACUGUACUGUAUUGAGUGUCGAUGUGCAAGUGCCGUGGGCCAAUGUUCGAGAGUGCGGGUCUUGGGUCAGGAUACCCAGUCGGUGUUGGGCAUUGGGCGUUGGGCGUUGCUCAAAGA